AUUCUGCAGAGUCAGGGGACACACAACGUGCUUCCCUGUUGUUUAGUAAGCAGUAAAGUGAAACACAGAAGGCAUGCAAAAACUUACCCUGUUCUUGAUGGACGCCUCCCAUCUGGGCAUCAACGUGUGUUUGAAGAAAAUUUAAGGAACAGUGAGGCUGUUAUUAAAAGAUACUCAGAACUGCUAGAGCUGGUCAGCAAAGGAGGAGGGGAAAACGCCGUCCUGCGCCACACCCAGAGGAACAAGAAGCUAUUUGUCCGUGAGCGCCUGAAGCUGCUGCUGGAUGAUGAGUCUUACCUUGAGCUGUCUCCUCUGGCAGGCCUCAAUCUGCCCUAUGGUGAUGUCCCUGCUGCUGGCUGCCUUACUGGAAUUGGGAAGAUCGGCGGCGUCUGGUGCGUCUUCAUGGCCAAUGAUGCCACUGUGAAAGGAGGAACCAUCUAUCCCAUUGGGGUGAAGAAACAGCUCAGAGCCCAGGAGAUAGCCAUGCAGAACAGACUGGCACUGGUGUACCUCGUGGACAGUGGGGGAGCCUUCCUCCCACUGCAGUCAGAGCUCUUCCCUGACAAGCUGCAUGGAGGCAGAGUUUUCUACAACGAAGCCAUCAUGUCUGCCAUGAGAAUCCCUCAGGUGGCAGUGGUGUGUGGCUCCUGCGUAGCUGGAGGUGCCUACGUCCCGACCAUGGCAGAAGAAGUUGUGAUGAUUGAUAAGAUCAGUACACUCUUCCUUGCUGGCCCACCUCUGGUAAAAGCUGCUACAGGGGAAGACGUCUCUCCCGAGGACCUAGGAGGAGCUCAACUUCACUCUCAAGUCAGUGGCUGCAGUGACCAUUUUGCAUCUUCAGAAAAGGAAGCCUAUGAAUGUGUCCGAAAUGUUAUCUCCACCUUGAAUUAUGAUCCACUGCCAGAAGAGGUUGUGGAGCAUGAGAGUCCUCUGUAUAGCUCUGAGGAGCUCUUGGGGCUGGCACCACAGGAUUCCAGGUGUUCCCUCCCUGUCAAACUGAUUCUGAGCCGCCUGAUGGAUGGAAGCAGAUUCCAGGAGUUCAAGGCUAAUUAUGGAACAACAUUAGUCACAGGAUUUGGCCACGUGGAAGGGCACUUGGUGGGGGUGGUGGCUAACGACGGGGAGCUGUCUCAGGAUGCCUCUCUCAAGGGCAGCCAUUUCGUGCAGCUCUGUGACCAGAGGAGCAUUCCCAUCCUCUUCCUCCAGAACACUGCUCCCCACGCAGCCCGGCCCACGAGCACCCCACAGGCAGAGGCUCAAUCCAACCAACUAAAAGCCCAAGCCUCCAUGAUGGCUGCUGUUGCUUGUGCCUCCGUUCCCAAAAUAACCCUGGUGGUGGGCGGCUGCUACGGGAGCUGUGGGAGAUCGUUCAGCCCAAACUUCCUCUUCUUGUGGCCUAAUGCAAGAGUUGCUCUUGUGGAUUCAAGACAUUUCUCCCCAGCCCCACAAGCUGGGGAUGAUGAUGCUACAGGAGAUGAACUGGAGCUAAAACAGCUGAAAGAAAAGCUGGAGGAAGAGAGCAGUGCCUUCUACUCCUCUGCCAGGCUCUGGGAUGAUGGUGUCAUUCUGCCUCAGGACACUAGGAGGGUGAUUGCCCAGUGCUUGGAGAUCACAGAGCAGCAGAAGUUCCAGGUGGUGUCUCAGUGUCACUAUCCUGUCAUCAGGAUGUAG